GGAUGUAACUGACGAUGACAGAAUAGUAGAGUAGUAGUGCAAAGCUAAAAUAAAUCAGUAAAUCAUAAAUUCCACUAAUAUAUUUUUCACAGUGUGGUCAACACAUGGUUUUACUAUUGUUUUUGCAUUUUAGUCCACAUGAGUGUACUGUAAUGAUCAAUUAUUAACUUGUUAUAUUGACUACACUAAUAAACUCCUAGGACUAGAGGGAGGAGUUAGAAGAUAUUCUCUAAGUACAUUUAGGUUUUUCCUCUGAGAGGAUCAAGGAAAUUGCACAUCGAGAUGGCGCUUAACUGGCCCGGCCUGCUGUCGAUCGGGGUGUUCUACCUCAUCGUCCUCGCGACAGGCGUCUGGGCGUCCAGGAAGUCCAAACGCGAGGAGAGGAAGUGCACUGGAAACCUUAGUGAGGUUGCCAUGGUUGGAGGGCGGAACCUCAACAUCUGGGUCAGCAUCUUCACUACCACAGCUACAUGGGUGGGAGGAGGUUUCAUCUUAGGCAAUGCUGAGGUGGUCUACGACCCUAAAAGGGGCCUGGCUUGGGCCAUUGGACCAAUAGGCUCCUCCCUUAGCCUGGUUGUAGGUGCGUUGUUCUUUGUGAAACCGGUCCGAGAGAAGAAUUACGUCACCAUAAUGGAUCCGUUCCAGGAGAAGUACGGAAACACGUUUACUGCUAUUUUCUUUAUCCCAUCACUCCUUGCUGACAUCUUCUGGAUAGCCUGUGUGCUUGCUGCAUUGGGGGGAACGGUGAGUGUGAUCAUGGAUAUCCCAUCACCUUUGGCUGUGGCCCUGUCUGCUGCCGUGGCAGUUCUCUACACAUUGCUGGGAGGGUUGUACUCGGUGGCCUACACUGAUGUCAUCCAGCUCAUCUUCAUGUUCCUCAGCCUGUGGUUCUGUGUGCCCUUCAUACUGAUGAGCCCCGCCUCAACAGACAUUACAGUCACAGCGGUGACAAAGCUGUAUCAGGAGCCAUGGACCGGCAGGCUGAAGUUGGCAGAUGCAGGGUGCUGGCUGGAUGACCUGCUACUGGUGACUCUAGGUGGAAUCUGUUACCAGGCCUUCUAUCAGAGAGUCCUGGCCACAGCCACUGUGGCUCAGGCUCAGUUCACCUGCUAUGCUGCCUCUGUCUUCUGCUUCAUCCUCGCCAUACCACCUCUUCUCAUUGGUGCUGUGGCAGCAUCCACAGAUUGGAACCAGACCAGUUUUGGUCUACCUACUCCCUACGAGCAGGACAAGGCGGGUAUGAUUCUGCCCAUCUCCCUGCACCACCUGUGUCCACCUUUCGUCUCUCUUGCCGGAAUCGGCGCCAUUGCUGCUGCCGUGAUGUCAUCGAUUGACUCUGCCCUGCUGUCAUCUGCGUCCCUUUUUGCCCGAAACAUCUACAAAAACAUUUUCAGCAAAAGGGCCUCUGAGAAAGAGAUUCUACUGGUUGUAAAGGUGUCCAUCCUACUGUUUGGUUUGAUGGGGGCGGGCUUGGCAAUGACGACCUCCUCUGUGUAUGUCUUCUGGAUUCUCAGUGGAGAUGUGAUGUACACGGUGGUGUGUGCACAGUUGAUCUGCGUCCUCUUUCUGCCUGGGAAGGUCAAUGGGUAUGGUGCCUUGGCAGGCCUUCUGGUAGGGCUACUGCUGCGGCUCCUUGUGGGAGAGCCCCUGCUUGGUGUGCCUGGACUCAUGCCCCUUCCCUGGGACAGCCUACACGAGGACGGGCGUCUGCUGCAUGUCUUCCCGUUCCGCACCGGCAUCAUGUUGGUCUCUCUGGCCACUAUCCUGGUUGUGUCACGUUUCGCAGCCUGCCUUUUCCUUAAAGGGCUACUGCCUGACAACUGGGAUGUAUAUGGACUUGGUGAAAAAAGGAUGAUUUUGAUGAAGGAUAUGGUAGCUAAGGAUCUGACUGAGAAGAUUGGACUGAACACAAGGAAGAUGGACCCAUCUCCUCAUGCGAGCACAGAAGAUAUGAGCUCUUUACAAUGACCUGGGGUCCCAUCAUGUAGAUAGUUACAUACAACGGCCAAAGGCCAGGAACAGGCAGGACUCAAACACCACAGCACAGUUAAGACUCUUAAUUCAAUAAAGAAUGUUACCUUUUCAAAGAAAUGUAGCUUGUGGAAAGUA